AUGCAAUACAACGAUCUCGGCGCCACGGGGCUAAAAGUCUCGCACGUCAGUUUCGGCGGAGCCGCGUUCAGCAGCAUAUAUGGAGAUUUCGACGACCGAAAGAGUAUAGAGCUCAUCCACGAAUGCUUGAAGCGCGGAGUUAACUACUUAGAAACCGGCCCCUGGUACGGUCAAGGCAGCUCGGAGAGGACGAUCGGCAAAGCCUUGAAAAGCGUACCCAGGGAUUCCUACUACAUCGGCAGCAAAGUGGGCCGCUACGAGAAGGAUGUGGCGAAAAUGUUCGACUUCUCCGCCGAGAGAACGGAGGCGGGGGUCGAUAACACGCUGCGGCUCCUCGGCUUGGACUACGUGGACAUCAUUCAAGUGCAUGACGUCACGUUCGCGCCGAACGAGGCCGUCGUUUUGAAGGAGACGCUGCCGACGCUCGAGCGCGCGGUCAGAGACGGUAAGGCGCGGUACAUAGGGAUCGCCGACUACGAUAUAGACCUGAUGAAGGAGAUCAUAGAGGAAUCGGAGGUCAAGAUCUCGACUGUGCUCUCGUAUGCGAAGUCCACGCUCUUCGACAAUAGGUUGCAGAACUAUACGGGCUAUUUUAAGGAGAAAGGCAUAGGCGUGAUAAACGCCGCAGCCACCGGGAUGGGGCUGCUGACGAAUAGAGGCCCGCAGCCGUGGCAUCCGGCGAGCGAUGACGUCAAAGCGAUUUGCAGACGAGCGUCGGAGUAUUGUAAGCAGCGGGACGUCGAAUUGGCGCGCAUAGCGACCUGGUUCACGCUGAACCAGCCGGGCAUCGAUACUAAUAUUUGUGGCUUCGUAGAUGUCAAACAGAUGUCUGACACCCUGGAUUUGUCGAUCGGGGGACUGACGGAGAAGGAAAAGAGGGUGUUGGAUGAGGUGCAAGUCAAGUUCUUCGAUAAGGUUACGUUGCAUUGGGACGACGUAGAACUGCCGGCUUACAAGGACGAGCUGAAUAAGUUAAACCAAAGCAGUUAA